AUGGCGGUCCGCCAUUCCAGCGCCUUCAAAAACAGCUGCAUCGUUAUGCCGAGACGGCCAAAUUCCAAAUUAGCAGCAACUUUCGACGAAAGAACCGUCAAAAGUGUAGAAAUUAAAAGCCAUGAAGAUACAUCAAAUCAACGAGACAAUGAUAAUCGCGUAAUGACUAAAGUUAGAUUAGUCGCCAAGUCGAAUCAGCAAGCUGAUCAACGAGAGGCAAUCCAUCAAGAUGACGAAGAUUUUUAUAUAAAACUGUCCAAAUUGAAAGCGCAACAACGUCAAACUUUACAGCAAUUAGAGCAUUUAUAUGAUAGAAAAUUAAAUGAAUUUUAUGGAAAGGAGAUUAGUCAGAGUAGUCAUGAUGUAGAAAGGGAAGAUAUGCAUUCAUAUCGACCUGUCAAUACUACAGGACAAUAUGAUUGGGCCCGUUAUAGAGAUGCAUACUCGAGUGACGAAAGUCCAGCGUCAAUGGAAGAUAUACAAGUAAGUUAUCCUAAACAGAUUAAUACAGGCAAAUCGCAAUUAUAUCCAAGCCAUAAUGAUCCUUUCUAUGAGAUUAGAUCUGAUAGCAAUGAUAACGGCGAUAAUUCAUACGAUGACGAAAGUGCAUAUUUGCCAAAGAACAAAUAUGAGCCCUCCGGCUAUCAAGAUACCAUUGGAGAGUAUCAUGAUGAGAUUCACUUAACUGACAGCGUAGACAAGAUUAAAAAUAUGUGGGAUAAAUUUAAUAUUAAGAACUAUACAACUUCAGUCGAUUCGCCAACUCAAUUAAAUAAGAGUAGCAAGGCAACUUCUGAUAAUAUACAGCGUCGUAAGAUUACCAUUCCAAGGCCGUUCUCUAUGACCAUCCGUGAGGAGGGUAAGCCAAAAACAAAAACAGCAGCUCAGAUAGAACUAGAGGAAAAACGAAUACAACAACGAAUUGCAGAUGAAAUUGAAUGCAGAAAACAAUUUCAAUCCACGCCUAUCCCUGCCACAACUUUCUUACCAUUAUAUCAAGUUAUGAAGAAUAGAAAAGACCUUAAAAGCAAGAAAAGGCGAGAGAAGAGCAAAGAGCAUUUGCAAUCAGUGCAAAAACCCUUUUCAUUUAUCACUAAAGAAAAAAGUAGGAAGGAACGCCAACGUUCAAUGUCAUUAACCGAUGCUGUGUCAUUUGAUGAAUUUAAUGAUAUCAAAUCAUUUAAAGCGAAACCCGUUCCAAAGUAUCUAUACGACGCUUCCAUUGAUGAUAGAAUACGAGAGCAGGAAGAAUACCGAAAAAUCUAUAUGCGCAUGAGAGCGGAGGAAUUAUUACAUCAGUCUAGAUUACCUGCAAGUAUGGAAGCAAGAAAUCAACACGUAAAAGCUACAUACGACAAAGAUCGAAAUGCACAACCAUUUGUAACCAAACAGCACCGAUUUCAUCCUCAAAUUAAUCAUGACGUCCCAGACUUUGAUUAUUUGCAAAGACAAUUUCAAAGGCAACUCAGUAAAAAGAAACGUUCCAUUUACUCAACUGUGACAGAACCUUUUACAUUGCGAACAUCCUUCAUCGAUCGUCGACAAAAACCAAUACCUAAGGAAACACAGGAUCCGAAAUUAUUCAAAACUAGACAAAACAGUUUAUCUAAAUCAACAGAUAAUUUCGUUCCUAUUCGUAUGACAACUUCAGCCAAACUAAAAGAAAAGAAAAUCCGGCAAAGUUUAGAUGAGCGGGCACUAAAGGAAAGGAAAGAAAUGGAAGAAGAAUUAUUUCGUAAGCAACGCGAGAGAAAUUUGAAAACAGCCAUUUCGAAGAAAGUGCGCAGAAAUGAUCGCAGUAAAGACCUAGAAUUUGAAAGUCAACAGAAAAUUCAAAAUUAUAAAGAAUCUGACCGUCUGCGUUUGGAAGAAUAUGAUCGGGGUAUAUUAGAAAUGAAAAAUAGAGUUGAAAAUAGACCACUCUUGUUCGAACGGGUAGCUCAGAUGAGCGCUAAGAAUGCGGCUGAAAAGAAAUUUGCCAAAAAGUUACAGGAUCUAGGUUUAACUGAAGAUACAGUAUCUAAUAUGACCAAGCUUAAAACGGAUGGAAAAGUAAAAUAUUCGGCUGAUGAAUCAACGAUACCAGCAACAGAGAGUGACGACGAUGAUCAAUUCGACAAUUUGCUGUCUAAUAUUCCGUCUGUAAGUCACAAAGAUGAGGAUUUGGUACCUUUUGAAACUAGUAGUAAUAAUGAAGAAGAGAUUUCCGAUAAUCAAUAUUUGAAUAGUUCAAUACCUGAAGAUAUAGAAUCAGAUGCUGGCAAUUAUAGUGAAAAUUAA